UGAACUGCUGCAUCAUUUGGGGAUUUCUACAUCAAGUUUUCGAAACCGAAAUCAAGUAAUGUAUACGAAUCUCUGAUUUUGAGUUAAUUGAAGUGUCACUCUCCUUUCUCCCUUUCUGUGGUUAAUUUGGAGUCCUCUGAAGGAAGUUAGGGUUGGGAGUGAGAAUGAUUUUGAGUGUACGUUAGAGUUUUUUUUUUUUUUUUUUAAGGGGUCCUGACUUCAUUCCUCCCCCUACUUUGUGCAGAAAUUAAGAAAAUGUCUUCGAAAGAAACAGUAAGUGUGGUAGGAAGUGAGGUAAUGCCUCUGGAGUAUGGUGGGAUGGACUUAGAGAGCAGUCCAUCUAGUUCGGAGAAAACGGUGGAAAGGGUGAGAAGAGAUGAGGUGGUGGGGGUUGGGGAGACAGUGUACCCAUCACUGUGGAAAGAUAAGGGGUGGUAUUAUUUCACCCCUAGGGUAGCAAAUAGAGAGAGUAGAGCGUUAUUUACUGCGAGUCCUUCAUCCAUUAAAGGAUGGAAGGAAAAAUUCUUUUUUGUAGAUGAUACGGAGUGGGAGAAGGGGGAUACCGAGGUGGAGGAGUUAUCAUCCUGGAAGGCUAAAAGAGCCAACCAGAAUAAGUUUAGUUUACAUGAGGAUGAGGAGGAAGAGGUGGGGAAGUUGGUGAGGAAAAGGGGAAAUUUAUUGAACAUCAUGGAACUCACCAGCGCAGAAUGCAUAGAAUCUGCUGAGCUCUAUGGGCCAAGCGCUUUAACUGAAAUGGACAAAUUUUUUAACACUGUUGGAGGAGUGGCCAUUCCCAAGAAGCCAAGGAAGAAGUCAAAGACUUCAACCAAACAAGUGGAUGAGGGAGCAGUUGGAAAAGAGGUAGUGCCCAACAUUGCAAUCGGAGUGGAGGAGGAGGAGGAGCUAGAGCUGCAGUUGAAGAGAAAAAGUAGGGAGGAGAAAGGGGCACUACAAAAGAAGAAGAAGGUGGUGGACGAGGAGGAGAGGGGGAGCAAGGUUCCCCUGUUCGUACCUCGGCCUCCUCCUGUUGAGCUCGACCUUGAGCUUAGGGAAUCUGAGGAGGGGGCUGAAGCGAAGAACAUGACAGGAGCUAGGAGGUUUAUCAACGCCACCUUCCCCGAAGUGGACAAGUGUCAUGCAUGGGACGAGGCUCUGAGGUACUGUGGGGCUUCGGUGGUUAAGCACGUUUUAGAGCGCGAGCUGGGUGAAUGGUCUAGCCCAGGAGUUCAUGGAGAGUGUGAAGGAGCGCUCCCUGUUGCAAAGCUAGAGCAGGAGAGGGCUUUCCUGAGCAUCAAGCUCGUCUUUGAGGAGAGCAAACAAAGAAUCUCUGAAAGCAAGCGUGAGGCUCAGGAAAAGGAAAUAAGGCUGAUGAAAGAGGCUUAUACGGAGCUGAAGAAGAAUGUUCAGUUGUUGGUGCACAAUGGGAUGGAGGAGCACAUCAGCAACUUCAUCAGCUCCAGCUCGUUUGACAAUAUUGUCAACCUAUACCAGCUGCCAACUGCCAUCAUUGCCUUCACAGACUGCAGAAAAAAGGUGAAGGCUGAAUAUCUCGAGAUCAACCUGAAGUGGGAGCAUGAUGCAGACGGGCGUACUAUUUUCCCUCCAACUUUCAACUUCGAGUUCGUUACAGUGGAGGAAGAUGGGGCAGAGGUAGAGGAAGACGAAGUGGAGGCAGGAGUGGAAGGAACUAAAGUGGAUGAGAGCCAACCAGUUCCAGAAGUGGAGAUUCAUCCAGUUCCUUCUGACGAUGAGCAGCUUCCUCUGCCGGACGAGCAGCAGCCAACACAGCCACCUCUUCCAGCUGAGUAGGAGCCAAUUCAGCCACCUCUUCCAGCGGAGGAAUAAUUUCUGUUUUCUUAAUUUUUUUGUAGAUAUUCUGUUGUAAUAAUAGUAAAACAAUUUGUAAUACUUUUAUUACUUUAAAUGAAGAUUUUGUUUUGAAAUUACAUGUUGUGUUUACUUUACGAUUUUGUUAUUUUAUAUUAAUAAAAGAACUAAGAUUAC